GGUUUCAUUUUGAGAAUAGCGUGCUUCUGGAUUUUAAAAAUAUCCGAGAUUGUCGACGUUGCUUUUGGAUCUCCUGUGAAAAACGAAUAAUACAGAGGAAAUAAAAAUAAUCAAGAAUAUUUCUGUUAUGGAUGCUCUUACUGAUUGUCCAGGAUAUUGCCAGGUAGUAUCAAAGCCCAACACUAAAAGCGCUGUCUGGAUUUAUUUCGGUUUACCAGCUGAUGAUAAAGGCCGGAUUUUAAACCAAAAUAUUGUUGUAUGUAAAUUAUGCUCAAAAACUGUUGGAUCAAAAAGUGGGGGUACAAGUAACCUGACAAGUCAUCUAAAGCAUCAUCAUCCUUUAAAAUUUAGGGAAUUGAACACUUCAAGCAAACAAUUGACAAGAAGUACUAUACCUGCCAUUGAUGUUGAUGAUCCUUCAGCUCCAGUUGAUGCUGAGCAGAACCCAAGUGAAAGUGUGAAAAAGCGGCAAAAAACUAUGUUAGAUUUUCAACCGCUGGACAAUAAAUCGUCUAAAAAUUGCACCGAAGCUGUGGCAAAAUUUAUUGCAACAUCAAUGCAGCCGUUUGCCACAGUGGAAAAUCCGAAGUUCAUCGAAAUGGUGAGGGUUUUGAACCCAAAAUAUAAGCUGCCUGGAAGAAAACACUUUUCAACUGUAGCUAUCCCGAAAUUAUAUAAUGAUACGGUUGAAAAGAUAAAGGCUGAAAUAUCUUCCAUACAGAGUUGUGAUAUCGCAAUCACUACUGACUGUUGGACAUCGAUAACCAAUACUCCUUUUCUAGCAGUGACUGCUCAUUUUAUUUCUAAUGAAUGGCAACUUCUAAGUGCGUGUUUGAACUGCAAACAUUUCAUAGAGGACCAUACAUCAGAAAAUUUAAUUGAAAUGUUAAGUAAUACUUUAAAAGAUUGGAAUAUUGAUGUUAAAACAUUGCCCUCAAUAACAUCUGAUAAUGGCACUAACAUUGUUAAGGCUAUCAGAGAUCUGAAGGUAAACCAGAUUUCAUGCUUUGCCCACAAUAUAAACAUUGGUGUCAACCAAUCUUUACAACAGUCUUCCUUGAAGACAGCGAUUUCUCGCUUGAAAAAGCUACAGAACACGAUUUCUCAUUCAUGGAAGAUGAAAAGAGAUUUACAGAGAGCUCAAGAGCAAUUGAGUAUGAAUGUUGAAAGCUUGCCGAGUGCAUGCCCAACACGUUGGUGGAGCACAACAAAACUUUGCAGGCGAUUUUUGUCCAAUCAGCUUCCUCUCUGCAAAGUUUUGCUGGAUUAUCCCUCCAGAAAACACUUAAUGCUUGAGGGAUCUGACAUUAAUGUUCUUCAAGAUUUUGUAAGUGUCACGAAUUUGCUUGAAGAAAUGACGAAAUCUUUAAGUGGAAGCAACUAUAUUACAGCUUCCUGCGUUCUGCCGAUGUUAAAUAAAGUUAAAAAAAAUCUUCAAGUUAAUGACAGUGACUCUGAAGUUAGUAGGAGUAUAAAACAAGAAAUUCUGGGGGCUCUGGAGGCUAAAUACAAAGAUUCAUCAAUGGCAUUGAUUUUGGGUCUUUGUUCAUUAUGUGAUCCGAGAUUCAAAGUGAAAUAUCUAGAAAAUGUGUCUGCAGUUAAAAGUAGAGCAAUUGAACUUAUGGCUGAAUCAUAUACUAUGCAAGAUGACCUACAAAUGAGUGUUCCUUCUUCAUCCAGUACUCAAACAGAAAGAAUAGGACUUGCUAAGUUUUUUGACUCAGAUGAAGAAAAGGACUUAAAUGCUAGGGAUUGCACACCAAUAGCAAAAGCUGAGAGGGAGAUGAAUGAGUAUUUGAAUAUUUCGAAAAUAAGCAUUUCGGAAUGCCCAUUAAUGUGGUGGAAAAGACAUUAUGCCUCUUUUCCGAAAUUGCAGUUAAUUGCGAGGCGCUUCCUUGCAAUACCAGGGACAAGUGUACCAUCUGAAAGUGUAUUCAGUGUAGCAGGCAAUGUUAUUACUAAAGAUCGUGCAUCUUUAUUGCCUGACAAAGCUGAGAUGCAGAUCUUUCUAAGUAAAAAUUCCAAUUAUGUUUAAUUGUGUUGCAAAAUUUUGAGAAAUAGUGUUGUGACGUUUAUAAUUGUGUUGAUAUUUAUAAUUGUUGAUGUUUAUAAUUGUGUUGAUGUUUAUAACUGUGUUGAUGUUUAUAAUUGUGCUGAUGUUUAUAGUAGUAAUUGAUGUUUAUAUUAAUAAAAUUUUUCUGUUUUAAAAUAA